AUGGGGAGAAAGAAGCAAGAGAUGGUACAGGUGUAUAAUGGGUCUAAAAACGAGUUUAUAUUUGGAGAAGAGGGAGGCAGGGGUAAGAAUUUAUCGUCAUUUUUAAGGAAUUUGUCAUUAACUGGGUCUAGUAAAAGUAGCAGUGGUACUUCUCAAAGAUCUAUUGAUGAAGCAAAUAGCAACAUUUAUGGAAGUCUAUCUUACAAUAAGCAAUUAGGCAAUUCAAAUCCAAGCUUGACAAGUGGCUCGGUUUUGACACCUCGUCCAUCUUCGAGUCGAGCGGUUUCGUCCAGUGCAAUCAAUCUUUCGCAGAAUAUGAUGUUUAAUCUGGACAUGGAUAAAGCAAGCAAAAGCAGCAAUUCCCACCAUCACCAUUACCACCACCACCACCACCACAACCACCAACGUGUUCAUUCUAUGUAUAAGGACUUGGAUGAUGAUUGGAAUGCAGAGAUUGAGGAAGAAAUAGCUCGAGGAAGAGGUGGAGGUGGUGGAGGAGGAGGGGUAACAAGUUCCGGAAUGAAUGAGUUGUAUUCCGACAUCAGCACAUUAUCUCAACAACAGCACAGUCAUAAUCCACCAAGAAAAGAACUGAUGGAACUUAGAGAAGAAUUACCCAAAAAAAGCUCUGGAACUGAAAGUCAAGGGCAUAGUAAGCUUGCCAAAUUCAAAAGUGUUUUGACAUGCGAUAAUGUGAUAAAUAUUCAGGAAUUAAGAAAAUUGUCUUGGAAUGGAAUACCAAAUGAGCUACGGGCGCUUUCUUGGUUAUUACUUUUAGGGUAUCUUCCAACGAAUCGGUCACGGCAAAGCUCUACUUUGAAAAGAAAACGUCAGGAGUACCUUGAUGGUAUUGCCAGUGUUCAAAUCAAUUUUGAUGGAGAAGCGGACUCUAAUGUUUCUUCGAGUACUUUCAACGGAAGCAGAGAAAAUCAACUCUAUCAUCAAAUAAGAAUAGACGUGAAAAGAACAAAUCCAAACUCGAAACUAUAUGCUCACCCAAUAACGCAAACAUCCCUUCAAAAAAUCUUGUACCUUUGGGCCAUUAGGCACCCUGCGAGUGGAUAUGUCCAGGGAAUCAAUGACUUGGCCACGCCCUUUUAUCAAAUUUUCUUGAGUAACUACAUAUGGCAACUUCAAGAAUGGAAGCAAAAGAAACACAAGGAAAAUGAGUUUCUUUUCAUUCCCGGGUAUAUGACAUCCGACGAUGCAAAUGAAGUUAUUGAUUCAGAACAAAAGUUAUUUGAGGAUACGAGACUAUUGGAUUAUAACUUGAAUAACUUUGAUCCUAGUUUGUUGAGUUCUCGUGUUAUUUCGAUUAUUGAGGCCGACACAUACUGGUGUUUAUCUCGCUUACUUGAGAACAUUACCGACAACUAUAUUCAUGAGCAACCAGGAAUUCUUCGACAAGUUGGUGAGUUGAAAACCCUUAUUUCUAAGAUAGACAACGACUUGAUAUUGCAUUUUGAAAAAGAGGGUGUUGAGUUUUUGCAGUUUGCAUUUAGAUGGAUGAAUUGUUUGUUAAUGAGAGAAUUGCCAAUUGAAUUAAUUAUCCGGAUGUGGGACACAUAUCUAAGUGAACAACCUUUAGGGUUCAACACUUUUCAUACAUAUGUAUGUGCAGCGUUUCUCAUCAAGUUUAGUAGCGAACUAAAGCAGAAGGACUUUCAAGAGAUUUUGUUGUUCCUACAGAAUCCACCAACUUCAAACUGGAAGGAGAAGGAUAUCGAAUUGAUGUUGAGUGAGGCAUAUAUCUGGCAAAGCUUGUACAAGAAUGCAUCUGCACAUUUAAGGUGA